AUGUCGGGCUGGGUGGAAAGACUGAAGAACAUCUUCCUUCAGUCGUUUUUCAUCCCGGCGCCUCCAUUGUCGGCUGAGAACCUCGAUGACCAGUCUGGAAGAGUCAUCAUCGUGACCGGCGGAUAUGGCGGCGUCGGCUUCGAGCUCACCAAAGCCCUGUAUGCCAAGAACGCAACCGUCUACAUCGCGGGCCGCAGCGUGAAGAAGGCCGCCAUGGCCAUCGCCGACAUCGAGGACGAGGUCCCGCGCUCCGACGGCCGGCUGGAGUUCCUCAAGCUUGACCUGGGCGACCUCUCUUCGAUCAAGAAGACGGCUGAGGACUUCCUCAAGCGCGAGCGGCGCCUGGACGUCUUGGUCAACAACGCCGGCGUCAUGACGCCCGUCGACGACGGCAGCACGACCGAGGAGGGCUACGAGCUGCAGAUGGGCACCAACUGCCUGGGCCCCUUCCUCCUGACCAAGCUGCUGCUCCCGCUGCUCGAGAAGACGGCCCAGAUCUCCGGCCCCAACGCCGUCCGUGUCACUUGGGCCGCCUCCGUUGCCAUCGACACCGCCCCCGAGUUCGGCAUCGAGUGGAACGACAAGAAGAAGGCACCCGUCACCCACGCCAGCGGCGCCACCAACUACGCCCAGUCCAAGGUUGGCAACCUCUUCCUCGCCUCCGAGUUCGCCCGUCGCUAUGGCCGCGACACUGGCAUUGUCAGUGUCGCCUACAACCCGGGCAACCUGAGGACCGAGCUGUUCAGGCAUUCCAAUCCCAUCCUUGCAUUCAUGAUGCAAAUCAUCCUCUACCCCGCAAAGCUCGGCGCUUGCACAGAGCUUUUCGCUGGCUGGAGUCCGGCAAUCGGCCAGCAUAAUGCUGGCUGCCUGGUUGUUCCAUGGGGACGCAUUUUCGAACCGCGUCAGGGCUUGCAGCAGGCGAUACGGCUUCACUAUGAGGGAGGCUGGGGUAUCGCCGAGCGCUUCUGGGAUUGGUGUGAUCGCGAGACGACUAGGUGGAUGCAGUACGAGCAGGAAUGA